ACGCUGAUAGAUAGACAAAGCGAUUCGAUCCAUGGAAAUCCAUCCGCUACCCUAUCCUCCGAGGCCAUCAUGGCGGUGCUCCUCCAUUGCUUCCCCUCGCCGCCGAGGGCGAAGCCCGGUGACUCUCCCCGGCCGGUUUCCGGCAGGUCCCUAACCUGCGAAUGGAUACCACUUCUGUCAACUAUGGAGCCAAAGAUGCAAGUACUUCUUACUAGCCAUCAACUUUUAUGUGAAAAAUGUAAAAUUUCCCCAAGCAGUGGCCUGACAGUUUCUAAACGAGAUGCUCAGAUGACCAUUUUUAAAGAAAUUUGUUAUGCAGAUGCAAUCUUAUCAGGAUUUCAGGAUCUCAUUGUUAGCUACAUGUCUGACCAUCAGAGAAUCACGUCAUUCAGCUUUUCAAAAGCAUUAACAAUUGUAAGUAUGUUGGGGAUCAUUCUGCCUCCUGAAGUUCUAGCAGAAACAUGUGAAGCUGAUAACUCAGUUUUCAAUAUGCCUCUACUAUUUGCAAUAGCAAUGAUUGGGGCAACUGUGGGGGGAUUGCUUGCACGUCAAAGAAGAGGGGAGCUGAAGAGGUUGAAUGAUCAGCUGCGCCAGAUUAAUGCAGCACUAAGAAGGCAAGCAAAGAUAGAGUCUUAUGCUCCAAACUUGAGCUAUGCACCAGUUGGUAGUAGGUUGGAAGAAUUGGAAGUUGUUGUUGAUCCUAGAAAGGAGCACCUAAUUACAAGGUUGAGAACUGGGAAGAACUAUCUACGAAAUCAAAACCUGGAAAAGGCAUUUGAAGAGUUCAAGGCUGCUCUGGAGCUUGCACAGGCUUUGGGUGAUCAUGUUGAGGCGAAGAAGGCAGCACGAGGAUUGGGUGCAUCACUUCAGAGGCAAGGUAAGUACAGGGAAGCCAUUAAGUAUCACUCGAUGGUUUUGGAUAUAUCCAAGAAGGCAGGAGAGGAUUCUGGCAUCACUGAAGCUUAUGGUGCCAUAGCUGACUGUUAUACUGAGCUGGGAGAACUGGAACGAGCAGGAAAGUUCUAUGACGAGUACAUUGCGAGAUUAGAGAAUGACUAAUAUAUAUCGACUCUUAGUAUCUGUUCUUUUCUUCUUCUAGGUAAGUAGUUCGGAUUAUUAUGUUAUAUGAGACUUUUACAUUCAGGAUUACAGUAUUGGCUUUUGUGAGGGCCCUUUUCUGUCCAAACUGCUGCUGUACCUCUUGCAGUUUCCAUGAUGGUAUGUAGAUGUCACAUUACAUGACUUGUAUAUGCAUACAAAGAUAAUGUUAAUGGAGUGGUGUAGCUUCAUGUGGUUA